AUGCGGAACUCAUACCACGAACUCCAGGAGCGAGUCCAGCAUACAAAACAGGCUCGGUUCAUUGAGAUGCAGAACCGCCUCUCACCGAUAUUACGGGGAGUGGACGAGGACGAGGAGGAGAAUGCGGACGAAGGUCCCACUGGCAACGAGGAUGAUGCUGCCGGCGAUGGUUCCGACGCCGGCCUUGGAGGUGAAUCGGCUGAGCAGCAGGAGCCCCCCCCCCCCCAGGAAGAAGCGGAAGACCAACAACGAAUGCUAAGUAUUUGUCUAGGUCAUGCCGCGGGCGGACACGAGGAGCCCCCCGAGGACCCUCCGAGCGACUGGAUUCCCGAGGCUGGGCCACCACCGAAGAAGCCGAAGAAGCCAAAGAAGUCCAAGGCCAAGGCCAAGGCCAAGGAGCCAGAGUGUGCCUCUCCCAAUUCUGACUACCUUGGGCUGUACAGCAUUCUGGAAGUGUCAUCCACCGACGAGAUCAGGAAGGCAUACAAGAAGCGUUUUUUAGUCCUCCAUCCAGACAAGCCCACCGGAUCCAAUGAAGCGUUUCCGGAAGUUUUACCAGGCCCAGAGCAUCCUCACGGAUAUAUGCCUGCACACAAUGGCAACGAGCGGGACGCGGAGGAAGACCAUGGUGAGGACGAGCAGUCUCAGCAGCGACAGUCGCAAGGACCUCGCGGUAGAGGCCGCGCCAGAGGUCGUGCCGGCGCUCGUGCUGGUGCCCGUGGAGCUCGUGGCAGAGGUGGCCGUGCUGGUCGUGGUUCCUAA